CAGACAAUUGGCAAGUAACAUAGCAAUGGAACAUGUCCUGUUUUGACCAACAAUUGACAAGAAGCUCCCACCAAACAAAACCACGUGCCCGAAACGUCGGUCCGUGAAGCAAAGACGUGGUUCGAAAUCAAAUGCGUCUCCUUUUCAACAGUCUCGCGAAAAUAUCUCGAUUCAAUUAAACAAAAAUGAUUUAAAAAAUUCCUCUUUGUUUCUCCCAAUUAUAAAUCCGGCUCCCACAACUCACCGCUUCACACAAGAACACGCACUAACACACGCGAGAAAACACACACGCGAGAAAACACACACUUGGCCUCACAGAGAGAACCGAGAGAUGGGGGUGGUGAUAAUCGACGGCUCAACAGUCCGAGACUUCGUCACCAACGAAGCCGAGUUCAACAAGAGCGCCGACGAGAAAUUCGCGGCCUUAGACUUGAACAACGACGGCGUUUUAUCCCGCUCAGAGUUGCGGAAAGCCUUCGAGUCAUUUCGGCUCCUGGAAACCCACUUCGGAGUCGACGUGGCCACGCCGCCGGAGGAGCUGACUAAGCUGUACGAAUCGAUUUUUGAGAAGUUCGAUUGCGAUAACAGCGGGACGAUCGAUCGGGAAGAGUUUAGGAACGAAAUGAUGAAAAUUAUGUUGGCCAUAGCUGAUGGGCUCGGCACCUGCCCUAUUCAGAUGGCUCUUGAAGAUGACGAUGAUAGCUUCCUCAAACAAGCUGCUGAUCUCGAGGCGUCCAAGGUUAAUUCUGGUUGAUGUAAUACGGGUACUUCGUCGAACAGAAGAAAUAAGAAGGCUAGGCCCGUUGGGAUUUUCUUGGCCUUGCUGCUUGUAUAUUUUGUCUCAAAUUAAGUGUAAAUUCUGUACGAUGCAAUAAGGCAGCAAUAGAACCUUGUAACAUGGAUUUAUGCGCUAUACUUUGAGCAUAAGAUUGAACAAUGUGUGUAGAAUUUGAGAACCCGAUAUAUGAUUUAUAAACAUUUUGAGAGUUCAUUGUUCAGUUCU